CACUAUAAAUCUCAGGUCAUCGCUUACAUUUAUCCAAAGACAACCCAGAGACGCAAAGAGAGAGAAAUACAGAGAAGAUUUGAUCGAGCCCAAAGGUACAGGAACUAAACAAAGAUGGGAAGAGCACCUUGCUGUGACAAAGCAAACGUGAAGAAGGGGCCAUGGGCUCCCGAAGAAGAUGCUAAGCUCAAAGAUUAUAUUGAAAAAUAUGGUACUGGUGGCAACUGGAUCGCUCUUCCACAAAAGAUUGGCAUAAAGAGGUGUGGAAAAAGUUGCAGACUCAGGUGGUUGAAUUACCUACGACCUAAUAUCAAGCACGGAGGAUUCUCUGAAGAAGAAGACAACACCAUCUGCAGCCUCUAUAUUAGUAUUGGCAGCAGGUGGUCUAUAAUUGCUGCUCAAAUUGCCUGGAAGAACUGA